CCGAAAGGAAAUAAAGCAGAAAAGGGUGGGGAUUCUGGGAAUAGAAAAAAGCUAGCGUGCCGCCUCCAGGCUCUUUCUUCUUCUUCCUCUACUCACUUACUGACUACCAGUGUCAUAUUUGAGGGAAAUAAACAAACAGUUAUACCUAAGACUACUUGGGAUAGACUUCCAAUUUAAUCAAGAAAGAAAACCUCAUUAUUCUGGCACUGAAUUUCUUUACUCCCUCCCGAUUUUCAUUCUUAAAAAAAACUUUUAUUUUUCCUCUCUUGGGGGAGUUUCAGGUGCAUCAUUGGUGAAGGAAUAUGCCUGUUGCUGGUCCCCUCAUUUUCUCAUACGUGCCUUCUAGCAAAUGUUUUAUUCCAUUGAAGAAAAAAGGGCUUUCCCCAAGUUCUUCACACUUUUUAUCUCCACCCUCCGUCUCUGAGGCUACUUGACCGGUUCCAUCUUUCUUCAUUGGGAAGAUUUUGUGACAGCUCUUCUUUCUGCUACAAUACACAUAUUGUGUCUUUCGCUCUGAAGCUUUCUAGGUUGGUUUCUUUGGGCAUUUACUGUAAAGUUGGAAACUUUUUGUGUUUUGCUGCUUCAAGAUUCCUUCAGAGAAUGUGAAAAUCCCCCAUUCUGAAUAUUCCUUCUCUGGGGCAUUAUCUUGAGCUGCUCCGAAGCCCCCCUGAGUUUGUAUCUUUAUUUUGGUUGCUGUUCAAAACCCUAACAGCUGCUGGUUUCAGUUGAUGCCAGAGGUUAGAAUGUUAAGUCUUUUGUGACUCAAUAAGAUAUUUGAGGCCUCCAGGGGAGGAGAUGAAAAUCCCCAGAAGCAAUUCUUGGGGCAUAAGUGUGAAAUUAGUGUUUUUGUUGUGCUUUCAUAUAACUUCUGUGCAAUGUCAAUCAUGGGUACACAAGAACAGCUCAAGUGAUCCACGGGCCUCUCCUCAAUUCAAGAACAGGUUUGAGAGGAUUAUGCUAAGCAUUCUUCUAGGAAUCUUAACAGGUUUAGUUUCUGCCCUUCUCUUUGCUUGUCUAGUCAGGUGCUUCAUAAGGUACAUAAGCAAACCCCCAAUUCUGAACGGCCCUGUUGUCUUUUCACCCAAAAUCAUUCCUAAGAGUCUCCAAGCAGCUCUUGCGAAUGAACCUGAGUUGCUCAGCUCGAGCUCUAAUGGGAAAUACUACAAGGCUGUUCUUGAUAAUGGUCUAACUGUUGCUGUUAAGUUGCUUGAAACCUUUGAAUCUGGUGGUUCUCCUAAGAUUCAACAGAGAAAGUCAGUGAAGCGGAAGGUUCAACGGGAAUUGGAGCUUCUUGCUGGACUAAGACACAGGAAUUUAAUGAGUUUAAGGGCUUACGUUCGAGAAUCAAACCGUAUUUUUUUGGUUUAUGAUUAUUUUCCCAGUGGGAGUCUUGAAGAUGUACUGAGAAGGGUGAGGGAAAACGAAUUGAAUCUUAAGUGGGAAGCCCGGCUUCGGAUUGCGGUUGGAAUCGUCAAGGCACUUCAGUAUCUUCAUUUGUCAUGCAAUCCGAGAUUUUUGCACUAUAAUUUGAAGCCGUCCAAUGUAAUGUUGGAUGGAGAGUGUGAGCCAAGGUUGGCUGAUUGUGGCUUGGCUAAAAUCAUUCCUAGCUUUGAGAGAGUAGCUUCAAUCUACAGCCCCCCUGAAACUUACCAGAUCUCCAGUAGGUAUACUGAUAAGAGUGAUAUAUUCAGCUUUGGAGUCAUACUGGCGGUUCUAUUAACCGGUCGAAAUCCAAUGGAUCCCUUUUUUAACGAUGCAUCAACUGGAGGAAGUUUGGGACGGUGGCUUCACCGACUUCAGGAAGCGGGCUCAGCCCGGGAAGCACUGGACCCACGUAUUCUUGGGGAAGACAUGGAUGAGGAAGAAGACGAGAUGCUAAUGGCUGUGAAAAUCGCAGUUGUGUGCUUGUCUGACCUGCCCACAGACCGUCCAUCCAGCGAUGAGCUCGUCUCUAUGCUCACCCAACUAAAUAGCUUCUAGUGGUAUUGCUAUGGGAGCCUUAGGUUGUUUUUGGGGCUUUCUUUCUACUGCUUGGGUUAUGCCAUGGAAACAACCAGUAUGCUCCAAGGUUUCCUUCUUUAGACCGAUCACAGAAUGCCACGACUAGUAGUACUGAUAUUAUUAGUAGUACUCACGAUAUUAAUGUACCUUAAUUGCAAAUUUGAAGAUUAAGUGUAGCCUGUAAAUGCCUGAUUCAGUGAUUCCUAACAGCUUUCUAUUUUGUUUUUUAUAUGUUACUAUGAUGUAAGAGACAUCUGCAUUAUUUAAUGGUAGGGUUUGUGUAUGCUUGUCUGUUUUUUCAGACAGCUUUUCUUGUGAAAUCAUUUGUAGUGUUUGUUUUUGGGUCAACAGGAAGUUCUUGUGUUU